UCGUGGGCGGGGCUCAGGCAGUAGUGUCCUGGGGCUGCGGAUUGGCGUUUCGAGACUGACGCUGGGCUCCGACUCCACGUUUGCGCAGGAUCUUGCGUGGGGCGGGAGCAAACGGAAUUCAAACUCGGCGGGAUAGCGAGAAUCGAAACCGAGGGUCAUGGAGUCUUACGGUUUGGCGGAAGCUGAGCCCUUGAACUCAAAGCAGGCUUCCCUUUAUAUGAGAUAUGUGAAAGAAGCCAAAGAAGCAACUAAGAAUGGAGAUCUGGAGGAAGCACUUAAGCUUUUCAAUUUGGCAAAGGACAUUUUUCCCAAUAAAAAGCUGAUGAGCAGAAUUCAAAAGCUACAGGAAGCCUUGGAGGAGUUGGAAAAACAUGAAGAUGAUGAUGAAUUUACAGAUGUGUGCAACUCUGGCCUGCUACUUUAUCGAGAACUGUACAACCAACUGUUUGAGCACCAGAAGGAAGGUAUAGCUUUCCUCUAUAGUCUAUACAGGGAUGAAAGAAAGGGAGGUAUCUUGGCAGAUGAUAUGGGAUUAGGGAAGACUGUUCAAAUCAUUGCUUUCCUUUCUGGUAUGUUUGAUGCUUCACUGGUGCAUCAUGUGCUAUUAAUCAUGCCAACCAAUCUCAUCAGCAUGUGGAUGAAAGAAUUUUCCAAGUGGACCCCAGGAAUCAGAGUCAAAACCUUUCAUGGCCCUAGCAAGAAUGAACGUACUAGAAGCCUCAACCGGGUUCAACAAAAGAAUGGCGUCAUUAUCACUACAUACCAAAUGUUAAUCAACAAUUGGCAACAGCUUUCAAGCUUUAAUGGCCAAGCAUUUGUGUGGGACUAUGUCAUCCUUGAUGAAGCACAUAAGAUAAAGAGUUCAUCUACUAAAUCGGCAAUAUGUGUUCGUGCUGUCCCUGCACGUAAUCGCCUCCUCCUUACUGGAACUCCAAUCCAGAAUAAUUUACAAGAGCUAUGGUCCCUAUUUGAUUUUGCUUGCCAAGGAUCCCUGCUAGGAACAUUAAAAACUUUUAAAAUGGAGUAUGAAAAUCCUAUUGUUAGAGCAAGAGAGAAGGAUGCUACUCCAGGAGAAAGAGCCUUGGGACUUAAGAUAUCUGAAAACUUGAUGGAAAUCAUAAAACCCUAUUUUCUCAGGAGGACUAAAGAAGUAGUGCAGAAGAAAAAAUCAGACAUCUCAGAGGUCAGAUAUACUGAAGUGAAUUCGGGUGUUGAUGCCAUCUGUGAAAUGCCUUCUCUUUCUAGGAAAAAUGAAUUAAUCAUUUGGAUACGUCUUGUACCAUUGCAAGUAGAAAUAUACAGGAAAUUUGUGUCUUUAGAUCACAUCAAGGAGUUGUUAAAGGAGACAUGUUCACCUUUGGCUGAAAUAGGAGUCUUAAAGAAGCUGUGUGAUCAUCCUAGGCUGCUGUCUACACGGGCUUGUCAUUUGCUGCAUCUAGAGACUGCUAAAACUUCUGCUCAAGAUGAAAAUAAAGAAAAUUCCUUAGGUAUAGAUGACAUUUCUCAUGUAACUGAUGAUACACUGAUGGAAGAAUCUGGAAAGAUGAUAUUCUUAAUAGACCUGCUGAAGAGACUGCGAGAUGAAGGGCAUCAAACUCUGGUAUUUUCUCAAUCAAGACAAAUUCUAAACAUCAUUGAACGCCUCUUAAGGAAUAAGCAUUUUAAGAUAUUGCGAAUUGAUGGCACAGUCACUCAUCUUUUGGAACGAGAAAAAAGGAUUAACUUAUUCCAGCAAAAUAAAGAUUAUUCUGUUUUUCUGCUUACCACUCAAGUAGGUGGUGUUGGCUUAACAUUAACUGCAGCAACUAGAGUGGUCAUUUUUGACCCUAGCUGGAACCCUGCAACUGAUGCUCAAGCUGUGGAUAGAGUUUACAGAAUUGGGCAAAAAGAAAAUGUUGUGGUUUAUAGGCUAAUCACUUGUGGGACUGUAGAAGAAAAAAUAUACAGAAGACAGGUUUUCAAGGGCUCAUUAAUCAGACAAACUACUGGUGAUAAGAAGAACCCAUUUCGCUAUUUCAGUAAACAAGAGUUAAGAGAGCUGUUCAUGAUUGAGGAUCUCCAGAAAUCUGCAACUCAGUUGCAGCUUCAGUCUCUGCAUGCUGCUCAGAGGAGCUCUGAUAAGACCCUAGAUGAACACAUUGUCUACCUACACUCUCUAGGAAUAGCUGGAAUCUCAGACCAUGAUUUGAUAUACACAUGUGACCUGUCUGUUAAAGAAGAGCUUGAUGUGAUACAAGAAUCUCAGUAUAUUCAACAAAGAGUUCAGAAAGCUCAAUUCCUUGUUGAAUCUGAGUCUCAAAAUACGUUGGAAAAACAAAGAAUGGGAAGUGAGGGAGUGUGGCCACCAGCACUUCUGUUAUCUUCUCAAAUAAAAAAGAAAUGCCCUACAUUAAAGAAACAACAGCUUUGGUCUUCACCUCUUAUAACUAUUCAUCCUACACAGGAAGAAGCUAUCAGUUUUCAAAUGGCAAAUGUAAGCAUUGAUGAUCAAGAACUCUCCAGCAUAAAAACACACAUGACCGUGCUACAAGAUGGUAUGCACUCAUAUGAAAAUACAUUUCAUACUGACUCUGUAGCUACUUUACCCAAGGAGUUUGGGAGUAUUGAAGAACUCUGGACUGCCUCUUUGCAAGAAACCGCAAAAAGUUUUGCAGUUGAACAUGAAGAUCUGCAAAAAGUACUACAACAACCGCCUGAGCAAGAGACACUGCAAGAGAAUCCCCUGAGAAGUUUUGAUUAUUUAGCUAGCCAAUCAGUCAAAGCUGGUCUUGCACCAAGUUUAGAUCUACAAGAUGAUGAGAUUUUACAUCAUUGCAAUCCCUGGCCCAGCAAUCCCAUAACAAAUGAAAAUGAAAACACAAAAUCAAAUGUAUCUGUUAUUGAAGUAUCUGAUGAAUCAUCAACAUCUCAUAGUGUACUACAGGGUCCCCAAGCAAAUGAAGCCAAGUCAGAAGAGGAACCUUUAGCAUCUUCACCUCAAUAUGCAUGUGACUUCAAUCUUUUCCUGGAAGACUCUGCGGACAAUAUACAAAAUCUGUCCACUCAGUCUUUGGAGUAUGUUGAGAAAGAAAAUAGCUCGUAUGGCUCUGCAGCUAAUUCUAGGACAGAGUCUGUGCACAGCAAAGCAUGUCUCAGUUUGGAUUUUUCUAAGGAAGACAGUGACACAGAAGAAGUGAUAGUUCGUGUUAAAAACAGAAACAAAGCUAGAAAGAUUGUUUCAGAUAAUGAAGAUGAGGAUGCUUCUUUUAAAGGUACUUCAAGCAUAAGUCCAUUCAAUAUGUCUCUCUUUCAAUUCUCAGAGAAACAAUUUGAUGCUUCUACUCCCAAAGAUGACAGUUUACCUAGAUUUUCACCUAAAAUACCUGAAAGUGUAAAUCAGUCUAUAAACCCUAGGAGAUCUCUGGCUUCUAGGCGAUCUUUGAUUAAUGUGGUUUUAGAUCAUGUGGAAGAUAUGGAGGAAAGACUUGACAAUAGCACUAAAGCAGAGGGCACAGAAGAUGAUGUGGAAGAAGAAGCAGAAGAAAGCAGUGAUAAAGCUUCAGAGAAUACAGAAGCUCCUUCUGGAGAAAAGCUGUCUUCAGAAAAUAAGUCAUUUGGGCCAACUAUGUCUGAGUCACUAGGUUUUAGCCUGCAUACCUCUUCUGGUGACCCUGACCCUUUGUCUGUUGGACCCAUGGUUAAUUCUCCCCAGGAUAAGGCAAUUGAGGCUGAAAAUGACUAUGAGACUCUUGUAACUAGAGGAAAAGAACUGAAAGAGUGUGGAAAAAUACAGGAGGCCUUAAACUGCCUAGUUAAAGCCCUUGACAUAAAAAGUUCUGAUCCUGAAGUCAUGCUCAUGACUUUGAGUUUGUAUAAGCAACUUAACAACACUUGAAAAUAUUGUAAUUUUAUUUGUUGGACUUUGAGUUUGUAUAAGCAACUUAACAACACUUGAAAAUAUUGUAAUUUUAUUUGUUGGGGUUUUGUUCAUGUUUUUUUUUGAUAGCCAAGACUGGCCAUGACUCACAAACCUUGAUUUAGUUAGUUGACUGAGUGCUGUCAUUAUUAGGUGUGUACCAUGCCCAUGUGUUUAUUUAGUUUUUAAAGUAGAACUGAGUGAGUCAAUUUUUGUUUCCUUAAGCAAGAGAAAUCUCAUAAAGCAAGUUCUGCCUCCUAUUCCCCGUACCCCAACAUAUUGUUUUCUGAGCAUCAGGUUAAUAUUUCUUCACUGGAAUAUUACUGUUUUCUUUUAGACAUACUCUAAACUUAAAGAGCACUGUGGUUUGUGUUGUUUUGGUAGUAUUAGGAUUUGAACUCAUUUUUUUUUAUGUUGAGAAAGGGUCUUGGUAAGUCCCUGUAUUGUCCAGGGCUUGAACUUGUGAUCUUCUUGCCCUAUCCUCUCAGAAUGCUGGGAUUUUAUAUAUAUACACACCACCAUGCCAGACCUGAAGUUUAUUGUAAAGUUAUUCUGGCUGUUUACUCUGAAAGAAAUUACCUUUGUAUAUCACAAUUCAGAUAAGAAAAUUAAAGUUACUUUUCUCUAGUGAUUUCCAUUUACUUUCUUUAACUGUGGUGAUUCUGGAAAAAGCAUAUGGAAACCUGUUUAGUUUAGGCCAGAGUUUGUAUUGCAUUUAAAAUCGAAAACGUCCCCAUUAAGGCUUAUGCUUUCACUUUAACACAGAAAGUAACUGUGCUAGCUUUCAUUCUCUGAUUACCUGCCCACAGUCACUUUGCUGACCAUUAGUCCAUUCCUCACUCACCAUUAAACAUUUCUUCUCUUCUCCAAACUAGCUAUCUGCAUGUCUGUUUUGACACACACUGUCACAUUCUGUCUUUGGGUUGUAUACAGGAAAGGAGCUUGAUUUGCAGUCGGAAACAUUCAGUGCAGCAUAGCACUCUAUAUUCUGUUGCCAGAAAAGGAGGAUUGUUUAUCAAGUAUAUACUUUGGAUUGGGGGUACUUUAUAAGGGCUUCUCAUUUAAUCCUUGCCAUAAUUCUUUUAAGAUGGAGAGUAGACUUUUCAUUUUCCAUUUUAGGAAACUUCUAAGGUUCAGUGAGACUGACCUGCCCAUGGUGAUACAAUAAGGUAAAAAAAGAUUUUUAACCUUAUAUUAUCUGAAGAAAAGUCACUAUAAUAUACAGCUAUUUUUACUCUAAAUGCUUCUGACACCAAAUGUGUGGAGAUUUUUCACACGAAGCAAUUCUCUAAUUCUCUGUGACACUUGCCAGUGUCCUACAAUUUAGUACUGACACUAUCCUGCUGUUAUGGCUUAUCCAAAGUGCCCCCAAAUUUUCAUGUACUCAUAGAGGGUCUUUUGGUAGUGACUAGAUCAUGAGUAUGUGAUAUUGGAUCAGUCUACUGAUUGGUUUAGCCCAGUACUUCGUGUGGCUGAUGGAUUUACUGAAAACAUAAGACCUGCUCUGGCUGUGAGUGACUCCAACCAAUAGGUUUAUUUGGCCUAGAUGGAAUUAAAAGGAACAAAGAAGAAAACCUGACAUGUUCCUGUCUGCCAUGCCCUAAACUUUCUCUUGUGCCAUGACACACUGCCUUGGAGCCAGCCCACUAUGGACUGAAACAUCUACAAACUGUGAGCUAAAAUAAGUCCUUUAUCCUUUAAUUUGUGGGUUUGGGGUAUUUUGUCUCAGUAAUGAAAAUUUAAUAUACCAGCAUUAGCAUAAGACUCCACAGGUUUUAGGGCUCCGUCCUUAGAAAAGGGCUGAGGCAAACCAGACAACUUAGUGGAAUAUGUCAGAAAAAAUCCAGAAGGAUGUACAGAACGUAAGACCCUCAAUGACUCCAUAGCUCCUAAGUACCAUGCAUGUACCGAUCAGUAGUGUUUUCAGUCCUGGUGAGAAACCAAGCCAGUCUUUUGAUAGGGCAGCUUAAAUUUGGUUUCAGGGCAAGCAAGGUUGUUUCAUUUUGAUACAGGGUUUCACUGUGGAGCUCAGGCUGGACUCAAAAGUAGCAGUCCUGCCUCAGCCUCUGAGUUUAUAGGUGUGUACCACCACAUCUGGCCCAAUUGAUUUUUUGAUAGGGCAAUUAUCAAAUGCUUUAUUUGCAUGCAAGAGAAGCCAAUCUAGGAAUUUUGGAUAUAAGACCUUUUCCCUUAUCCUCAGAGUCUCUGAUUCUGGUCACCAGUCUGCUUGUUCCCUGCAGAGGGUAACUCUUCUACCUUCAAUAAAUGUGCAUUAUUUUGUG